AUGAGGACGUUUUGGGCGUCGCUCGCGCAGGCAGCCGCGCUCAUGCUGCUGCUAUGGCCGGCUGAGAGCUACACGAGUCCGAGUUGGGCAGGGGACUCACCUGUCGAGGAACGUGACCCUGAGGUGCCCGAGUUCGACCUCACCGUUCCGGAGAUUGAGACUCCGCCGAGCAAUUACAAGCCGAUAAAGUUCUUCUAUCCUGACACCCUGUUGGGCACUUUGAUGCGCGAUUAUUGCAACCGGAAUAUCAUCGCAGGAUAUCAGUUUGCGUGUGACCCGGAAUCGAAGAAAUGCAGAUGUUACAGCACGAAACAGGUUGCCCCUGACUCGAUCCUGUGGCAGGACCAAGAUAAAUUGAAAUUCAAGCACACGUUGUUGGGGGUUCCCUACAAGCUUAGGAGCCAGUUAAUGAAGUACAACAUCUUGUCAAUGCGUAACCUCAACCGCCGUCAGAAUCUGAAAUAUAUAAAUUUCAACUUUGAGGCCGAUGACGGCACAGACGUUCCAGAAUCGAAAGUUCUCGAGAUUUUGGAGGCGUAUAAGUCUGCUCCGAUGCGUGGUCAGACUAACACGAAGGUACGAGAUGUGCUGGAUGCCUACAUGCACGACCCUGUGUGUACCCUGAGAUCCAGCGUUUACUACGUGAAGGGUACCCCGCCCCCAAAGUCCCACGAGGGGGCGAAGGCGUAUGACCUGUUCUACCAGCAGAUGGAUGCCAUGAAAUUUGCGGCGAAAACCUACGAUCAACGCGGCCAUUCUGAUGAAGGCGUUUCGAAAGGUCAGGGUCCCAAAGCCCCGUCAUUUCUCGGAUUGAUGGCUAGAGAGCGGUACAAUGGAAAUUUGAGAAGGAGGAAAGCUGGUCGUCCACGUAAUCAGGAGAAUCAGACAAUCAUGGAGGAUAAUUAUGCCAUCGACAUCGGUGCCAUCAGUAAUGUGCCAGAAAAUGAUACGGCUAACGCUGAAUUGUACAAGCGUUACGCCCGUGGUGAGGAAGAUUCGCCACAGCCAGACGAAGUGGGCAAGGGACGUAGGAGUCGGGCGAGCACUGUGAAUCCCGAUGGCCAUACGGACCGACAGUACGAUCGUAUUGAUCGUUGCUCCUUGUACAAUGUCCUUAAAGAAAGGCACGGCAUAGAACUGGGCACGAUGGAGUGUGGAUCUAGGGUGUCUUCACGUUGCGACCGUACCCCAGAUGGUCUUUUCUGUCACCCAUUCGUUCAAACCAGGUUCUACGCGCCUUUGAAGCAGGAGUUUUAUCUGACGAUUGAACAUUUCACGUUUUCUGCGGCAUUUGGAGUCUAUCUGGGCCCCGAAAAGGUGCUUUGUGGGUCGCAGAUGUCGAUAGAGAAUGGGUUGCAUUAUAUGUAUAACCCAGAGACAUCUGGAUUGCCCAUCCUUGAAGAGUAUACGGUUGAAAACCAGCGGUUUUUUAGAGUUGGCCCUUUUUCGGCUGUGGAUAAGCCAGGCAAGUACAAGAUCUGCGGGUGUGCUAGCAACCAUGGCGUUGACGAUGUAAAGACCUGCCUGCAUUUCUCGGAAUACACCAGGGUAAUGGGCCAAGUGGUUUUCGCUAAAGGUUCAGAGGAACCAACCGUGUCAACCAUUGAGUUAGGCAGCAGUAAGAAGUUCUCUUUUCGCGACACAAUCGCCCUGCUUGUUGACACUGAAUCGAAUUUCGUGAACUGUCAGACAUUGUUCGACGCGUACCACGUUAAUUGGUUCAUGCCCGCUCUCCAAAAGCUUCCCAAUUACGGUCGCUACAUACGCGUGUUUGAAGCCGAUGAUAAAGAUUCCAUCGAAAUCGAUUUUCCAAAGGUAGGGAAGUACCGCCUCUGUUUGAUCAACAAGUCCACGAUGGAUGUGGUGGAACAUAACGAUUCUUUCGUCGUGAAAGGCAUCCGUGACAAUGCCAGUGCUGUGAUCUACCGUAAUGCAUCGGGCCAGUUGACAGGCAGCUCUUUAAUAUUUGAGCACUACGAUUACGAGCACUUGACAGCCGAAUCAUUUUUUCUGGCAGACUCCGAGACGGAUUGCAGUGCGAAGACCGUGGGCCGUUGGUCUGGUGCCCUCCAUCCUUACUACAUUUAUAAAAUCGAUCCAUCCAUGCUUCGUUGGGUAGUACGCGAUCUGCAGAUUGAUUUGGGGGAAUCAGCUCCGCGGCUUGCUUACGCCAUUUGUGUAGAAUAUCCGGAUAGCCCGAAGGCAGUACGGAUCGGUUCUGCUCGCGUUCAGAACCAUUUUGAUUUGGACGAGAGGUUUUUAAUUAACACGUCGUACCACAUGAAGAGCGCACCGGAUUAUAUAUACAAUUAUCAGUUGGGCAGGAAUUCCGAAUUUAUCUUCACCUUGCUGACCUCAUUAUCCUUUUCAGACAACGUACAAUAUAAGGAUUUCCGUGAGACGUUUUAUGCCAACGAUGAUUACUUUUAUGGCAUUUUGGGGAAUUCUCGCUCCCUCAUGCUGCACUGUCGUGUAUACAGCGAACGCGACACUAUUAUGCUGUGGCUGAUGGCCGACGAAGAUCCCACUCUAUAUCCGCUCUUCACCGUUUUGUACCUACGCCCACGUGCGGUUGCCAUUGGUAAGUCGGGCGAUAAAUUGUACAUGUACAUUCUAAAUGACACUAAGUUGUCGAAAGUGUUGCUCACCGACCUGUAUCGGCCCAUUACUUUUGACAAACUUGUGCGUACGGUAUCGCAUAACGGCAACAUACGUUACAUGGAGGUUAUACACUUGUCGAAGAAAUCGGUUAUACUGGCCAUAAACGUGCUGGAGAGUUGUGUGAUAGUUUACGACGAUGACUUAGUUGAGCGUUCAAGGUUUUGCAACAGUGGCACGGUGCAAUUCCUCACUCCCGGAGGGAUCUCCUGUGUCAAGGAUACAAAUGCAGAGGGUUAUACGAGCUGUUUUGUGGCCUCCUCAAUCUCCAACGAGCUGCUACACCUGUCAUUUUGCCAUCAAGGAUAUGCGAUAAAAAUAUUGAGCCGUUACAAGUCCGGCACGGUGGUUGAUGAUCUGGACCCUAAGAUGGGCUCUAUCGUGUCGUUGUUCGCGACGACCUAUGAGCAUGACAAAAAGAAGGAUGUUGGCAUCUUUGCUCUGCGCGAGGAUGGCGAACACGGAGGUCUGUACAGGACCGUGACUGGGUCCGAUAGCAUUUCUUUUGUCUCCCCUCUUACGAACGUGGGCGACGGCGCCUUCAUGCGCGCCAUCUAUCCCGUUUUCAACUCUGACACCAACCGCAGUGCCAUGGUGCUUUGCGAGGUGUAUCCCAAAGAGGCGAUAGAUUCAUCGGUGGAAAUCGACAAGAUGUUUGAACGUACCAAGGACGACGGCUCCUCUAGCUUCCGUCUUACCUGGGCUCCUUAUGACGAGCUCACUCACGUGCCGGAGCUGAUUUACAAGGUGGAUCCGUAUAUGACCAUCGGCAAGACCUACGAAUUCACUCCUGUGCUUGGCCCCGGCUCUGAUCGAUUCCCACAGGUGGCUGAGUGGUCAUUGGACACCACGCAAAUCGUUGACAAAACUACGUUCGGAGAGGUCGUCAAAAUUAGCGACACGGGAACGUUAACUUUCAAAUCCAAACGCCCUUAUAGUGCGCGCUUCGACGUUGUGAGGCGUUUGCUGUGGUCAACGUCGACUGCCACCAUCGAGAUCGACUUCUUAUGCCCUGAUGGCACGUAUUUCAAUGGCAAGGCAUGCGUAGAGUGCCCAAUGGGCACCUAUAAUGCUGCUAAAUACAUCCAGGAGGACCGCAGCCUUAUUGCAAGUUGCAAGUCGUGUCCCCGUUUCGAGACUACUGCCAGCCUUGGUGCGUCAUCCGUGGAUGACUGCCAUUGUAUAUACGGUUAUGCGGCUUCCGGGGAGUCGUCAGGUGGUAUGCGUUGCCAGCCGUGUUCUGGCGCUACAUACAAAUCCAUGUUUGAACUCCUACUCGACGACGGCCGCCAAUGCAUCCUCGGUGGAUGCAUUCUGCCGUUGUUACCCCGGGUUCUACCUAAAUCGCAGCAAGAAUUCGGAUGGUGGUUGUCUACCGUGUGA